AUGUUUUAUGGAUUUUAUACCGCCAUGGGUCUUGUUAAUUCUAUGAUAUAUCUUGAUGAAAUAAGUACUUAUCCACUGUGGGCUCUCUUAUUAGUAACAAUUGGAAUUGCUACAUUAGUUUAUGGUGUGUGUAUGCUAAGUGCAUCCAAAGAAAAUUCUCCUGUAAUAACCGAUGAAUUUGAUUUUGAUGAUGAUGAACCAAAGGGUAGUGAUAUUAAUGAAUGGGAUACUAUGAGCGUCGAAGGUGGAAGUAAUACUGAAGGUUCAGAAACUGGAAUGUUAAAUGAUACCACAGAUAAGAAACGACUAAGUAUUGCAGGAAAGCAAUUUG